AUGACCUUUGAAGAGUACUUGACACAAUCUUUACAAUAUCAGAGUGCUAAUAUCAUUGAAAACAUUUUAAAUGCACCCAUGAUGAAUAUGGCAACCGUACCACCCUCACCCACCUACAGCUAUGAGCCCAUUAAUGCCCCACUCUCGCCCACCUCAUCAAUCGACUCGAAAGGCAAGGCUAAGCGUAUUCGCACCGCCUUCACCAGCAAACAGCUAAUCGAAUUGGAACGUGAAUUCCAUGUCAACAAAUAUUUGUGCCGGCCAAGGCGUAUUGAGAUUGCCGAUCGCUUGGAAUUGAGUGAACGUCAGGUGAAGAUUUGGUUCCAAAAUCGCCGCAUGAAGAGCAAGAAGGAUGCCACUCGUGGUGCCAAGAAUUACAACAAAUUGCGUUCUCACAGUGGCAGUGCAAAUGACCAGGACAACAUUACCGCUUUGGCUACCCAGAACAACAAUCAUUGUCAAAUGCCAUUGCAACAACAACAACAGCCACAGCAGCAACAACAAAAUCCUGCCUAUUUACCCCAGCUCCCCAUCAAACAAGAAUAUCCCGAAUGUGUUCAAUUACCCGCUGCCACUUCACAAUUUUCUCCCCAAACCCUAAAUGAUUCCAUCUACGUCAAUACCGAUGUCAAUACUUAUCAAACCAAUCUGGAAUCACCACCACUACCAGCCACCAACAACAAUACAAUGGAAUAUUUUGAUUCGGCCUUCUAUUCCUCAGCCGAAUCUUCACUGUUCGAUAAUCUCCAGCCAUUGCCAAAAUUCACCAACGAAAAAGAUGUUUUGGAUUUCCUCAUGUCCGAUGAAAUUUCCAGCUUUGGAAAUACCACCGCCAGCAACCAAAGUAGUACAAAUUCGUCGGGAUUCUCUUCAAUGCCCAGCUCAACUUCGUCAAGUUUUAAUUCCCUAGAUUUUGACAUGGAUUUUGAUUUUGUACAAAAUCUGCUAGAUAUGUAA